CCUAAGGUUAAAGCAAUAUGCUACCUUUAUGGUUGCAUCUCCUUAGUAAAUCUCUGGGUUGCUCGGACUCCAGUGCGAGAAAGAGCCUAAAAUUUGCAAACUUGGAUGAUGGGGAAGCAAAGGUGUGCUAAAGUCAGGUCACAGAGGUUCAGUCUUAAUCUCGUUCCUCUGCAAGCCUUGUUGCUCACACCUCUUGACCGACAGCUCGAGGCAGGUCCUCGCAGCAAACUUACUCUACGUAAGCCAAGGCCAGGUUUGGGGAGAAGGGGCUGAGAAAUGUUAGAAACGUGAACGCAGUCCAGGCGGGAGAAAAGAAGCGGGGUUCGAGGGGUGCCCCUAUGCAGCCCACACACACACGAAGCACUCACUUGGAAAAGCAACAAGCUUGGCGGGAGGUCCUCCCGCGGCCGGAGGGCCCUGAACCCUAGGCCAAGACUCAUCCACAACCUAGGGGGAGGCGGCCACCAGCACCCCAUCUAAGCUAAAGGGCUGACAGAAGGGCUGCAGCGGCAAGUGCGCGCCAACACACGCCGGGUCUCGCAUACGCCCAGACACCUGAGGCUCUGAGAGGAACUUCCCAGCGAUCCGCUCAGGCUGCGCAGAGCCUCUUCUCCCCGCCGGGGCCCCGCCCAGCCUCACUUCUUUUAAAAGCAGCAGCCAGCAGCGCGCCAGCGGCGUGCGGCUCGAAAGGCCGGGAGGACGUCAGAGCUGCGCUGUGGAGGCCCCAGCACGCCCCGCUUUCCUUCGCAGUGACUCGGCGGCGCCCGGGACAGCGCGCACCUACACCCAAACGCGCGCUCCACCCGGUAGCCUCCUCCUGCCUCACGGCCCGAAGAUGGCGGCUCUCAAACUCCUCUCCUCCGGGCUUCGGCUCUGCGCCUCUGCCUGCGGAUCUAGAGGAGCCUGGUACAAGGGAUGUGUUUGUUCCUUUUCCACCAGUGCUCAUCGCCAUACCAAGUUUUAUACAGAUCCAGUAGAAGCUGUAAAAGACAUCCCUGAUGGUGCAACGGUUUUGGUUGGUGGUUUUGGGCUAUGUGGAAUUCCAGAGAAUCUUAUAGAUGCUUUACUGAAAACUGGAGUAAAAGGACUAACUGCAGUCAGCAACAACGCAGGGGUUGACAAUUUUGGUUUGGGGCUUUUGCUUCGGUCCAACCAGAUAAAACGCAUGAUCUCUUCAUAUGUGGGAGAAAAUGCAGAAUUUGAACGACAGUACUUAUCUGGUGAAUUAGAAGUGGAGCUGACACCACAGGGCACACUUGCAGAGAGGAUCCGUGCAGGCGGGGCUGGAGUUCCUGCAUUUUACACCCCCACAGGGUAUGGGACGCUGGUACAAGAAGGAGGAUCGCCCAUCAAAUACAACAAAGAUGGCAGUGUUGCCAUUGCCAGUAAGCCAAGAGAGGUGAGGGAGUUCAAUGGUCAGCACUUUAUUUUGGAGGAAGCAAUUACAGGGGAUUUUGCUUUGGUGAAAGCCUGGAAGGCGGACCGAGCAGGAAACGUGAUUUUCAGGAAAAGUGCAAGAAAUUUCAACUUGCCAAUGUGCAAAGCUGCAGACACCACAGUGGUAGAGGUUGAAGAAAUUGUGGAUAUUGGAGCAUUUGCUCCAGAAGACAUCCAUAUUCCUCAGAUUUAUGUACAUCGCCUUAUAAAGGGAGAAAAAUAUGAGAAAAGAAUUGAGCGUUUAUCAAUCCGGAAAGAGGGAGAUGAGGAAGCCAAAUCUGCUAAACCUGGAGAUGACGUAAGGGAACGAAUCAUCAAGAGGGCCGCUCUUGAGUUUGAGGAUGGCAUGUAUGCUAAUUUGGGCAUAGGAAUCCCUCUCCUGGCUAGCAACUUUAUCAGCCCAAAUAUGACUGUUCAUCUUCAAAGUGAAAAUGGAGUCCUGGGUUUGGGUCCGUAUCCACGGCAACACGAAGCUGAUGCAGAUCUCAUCAAUGCAGGCAAGGAAACAGUUACUAUUCUUCCAGGAGCCUCUUUUUUCUCCAGCGAUGAAUCAUUUGCAAUGAUUAGAGGGGGACAUGUCGAUCUGACAAUGCUAGGAGCGAUGCAGGUUUCCAAAUAUGGUGACCUGGCUAACUGGAUGAUACCUGGGAAGAUGGUGAAAGGAAUGGGAGGUGCUAUGGAUUUAGUGUCCAGUGCCAAAACCAAAGUGGUGGUCACCAUGGAGCAUUCUGCAAAGGGAAAUGCGCAUAAAAUCAUGGAGAAAUGUACAUUACCAUUGACUGGAAAGCAAUGUGUCAACCGCAUUAUUACUGAAAAGGCUGUGUUUGAUGUGGACAAGAAAAAAGGGCUGACUCUGAUUGAGCUCUGGGAAGGCCUGACAGUAGAUGACAUACAGAAGAGUACCGGGUGUGAUUUUGCAGUUUCACCAAAACUCAUGCCAAUGCAGCAGAUCGCAAAUUGAAACGUGAAUAUUUGUACCAGGCUGCGUGUUUUUCAUUUUAAACACAUAGGAUUUAAUUGAAAGGACACCAGUAAUCAUAAUUGUGUAUUUAACAGGUGGUUUUUGAUUAGUUUUCUUCUAGGGUUUCAGACUUCAUGCAUCCAUAUAAACUGUUCUCUAGGCAUGCUGUGACAUUUUAAUAAAAAGCAAAAGGAGCAUUUAUAAUUAUCUCAUUUGUUAAGUACUGAGAAGGUUGUCUUUAUAAUAGAUAAUUUAUUGAAUGCAUUUUCACUGAAUAUGGUAUGUAUGCUAAAUUAUAUGAACCUUUCCCCACGAAAGGCCCUAGAAAUUGAUGUGGCUUUCCUCUUAACUAUUAAUUAUUAAUCCUGAAAGAAAGAUAACACAUGUGAUUUUGUGAUUAGGAGAGUUGCUGUCAUGAUUGUUUUUUCUUCAACCUCCUCUGACUUUUCUUUUGGGGCUUCAGAUUUUAUGAUUACAUCUUCUAGAGCAUCCCCCUUCCUCCCAUACUGCUUUUAAACAAAUGCCCAAGAAGACAAGCAGGAGUAUCUCUUGUGGGGGAGAGCAGGGAGAAAUAAUUAGUUCAAACCAACUAUCUAUCUGUGCUUUUCAAAGACUAAGGCAUAUUAUAGGAAUAUGAACAGAAGAAACUGAUUCUUCUGUUUUCUCAUUUUAAAACAGUCCAGUAUUCCUUUGUAUUCUCAAGGGUCCUUGAGAAUAUUUCUGUUAUUGAGACCCUGUGGGCUACUUGUACUGUACCUCCUCUCAAGCCAAGAAGGGCUGCAGGAUAAUUUACCAUGAAUCCUUAGUAGCAGUGACAGCAGAGUUAAAAAAUAAAAGGUGCUUUACUUUCAGGCUCUCAUUUUGGUUCAGAAAAGAUUUUAAAUAUUGAAUGACACUUCUACAGAACCACGGUUUUUCUUCUGCCAAGGCUACUUCCUUUAACAAAGUCUCUUUAAUUCAGCCUUGUCCAACUAGGGAAAAUAAUGAUGGACAAGUCUAGGGAUUUGAAGUCAGUGAACUUUUAAUGUCAGGGAAUAAACAUGAUGGGUAGAUCAGGUUUGAAAGAAACUUCCUUAGAGGUAUUCUCAAUACCAGACAGGGGCCCAUGGGAAUGACUUCAGAAGCAUCCCAGAUAAUAGAUGGGUAAGAAGUCUAGACACCCUGAAGAACAAGUGAGACAGCUGGCCUCUGGACAGAGGUAGGCAUAGUACGGUACAAUAUAUCAUUCCUCUGGUCCUAAAUAUAGGAAUUUAUUCAUAUUUUUAGGUGAUGGUGGUCAUUGAAACUCACUUGUCUUCAGGUGUAGCUACAAUUGUGUAAUGUACAAUAUUAGAGAAAAGACAGGCUUUUAAUAAGUAACACACACCGUAUAUAAAAUAGCCUUUCUGGCUGGCCACAUGGUGAAAUGCGUACCUUCCCAGUACUGGGGGGAAAAAUGAUCUUUCUUAGAAUGUGCAAGUUUCAUGAGAGUAAUAUAUUGAUAUGAUUUUGAAAAGAAUUGUUGAUAGUUACAUCUUCAAACUUGCUUAUCAUUCCAGUAUGCAUCUUUAAGAUAUUGUGAUUCUAAGUAGAUGACUUUAUAUUCUUGAUUAAAGAGUGCUAUACAUGUUAAGAAAUGCAUUACUGAAUGUAAUAAAUAUUCCAAAGUGAUAUAGA